UGCUGCCGACCUCCAGCCAAGAUGGGUACAGGCAGGAGGGCAUGGAUACCACUAUGGAUACCAGUGCUAGUGAUUGCCCUAACACACCACCAAGUCCAUGCCCAAGCUGCACAUCAACAAUUCCAGUAUGAAGAUCAACAAGGCCCGGACUAUGACCAACAGUCUCAAUACGAUCAACAGCAAUCAAAUUAUGAUGACUAUCAAUCUGUCCAGCAGGGACAUGACCUUUUGACCACACAAACUCCCAGAAACCCAGAUGUGACCAUCAUCCCACCAGUGAGGACAACUCUAGCUGUCAAGGCUGGAAAUCCUGCUCACAAUGGGAAAGUGUGUAGCACUUGGGGCAACUUCCACUUCAAGACCUUUGAUGGGGACAUCUAUCAUUUCCCUGGAGUUUGCAACUAUGUCUUUGCUUCCCACUGCAAAUCUACUUAUGAAGACUUCAACAUCCAAAUAAGGCGCACCAUGGUUCAGAAUGCUACCAUAAUUAGCCGUAUUCUCAUAAAAGUUGAUGGAGUGGUCAUUGAACUGAUGCAGAACUCUGUUAUUGUCAAUGGAAAGCAAGUUCUGCUGCCUUUCACCUACUCAGGGAUCCUGAUUGAAAAAAGCAAUGGUUAUAUGAAAAUCAAUGCCAAAUUAGGUUUGCUGUUAAUGUGGAACCAAGAAGAUAACCUUCUGUUAGAACUGAAUGAGAAAUAUGCUAACCAGACUUGUGGCCUUUGUGGAGACUUCAAUGGCAUCCCAAUAUACAAUGAAUUCUUUGCAAAUGACAUCAAGCUGAAUCCUGUGCAGUUUGGAAACUUGCAAAAGAUGGAUGGACCCACAGAACAAUGCCAAGAUCCUGGCCCUUCAGCGCCACACAAUUGCAGUCAAGAAUUUAACACUAUCUGCCAGACUGUAUUGACUAGUGAAGCCUUCAUGGGCUGCAAUGCCCUGGUUGAUGUGCAAAGUUAUAUUGAUGCUUGUGUACAAGAUCUGUGCAGCUGCGAUUCAUCUAUGACGGACUUCUGCACUUGUAACAACUUUGCUGAAUACUCCCGGCAAUGUGCCCAUGCUGGUGGGCAGCCCCUUGAAUGGAGAACUCAAGAUCUGUGCGCCAAGCCAUGUCCUUUCAACAUGCAACACCGGGAAUGUGGAUCGCCCUGCUCUGAUACUUGUACCAAUCCAGAAAGGUCGCAGCUCUGUGAGGAUCACUGUACAGAUGGCUGCUUCUGUCCCCCAGGCACUGUAUAUGAUGACAUUAACAACUUGGGCUGCAUCCCUAUUAAGGACUGUCACUGCACCUACAAUGGUGAUGCUUAUGCUCCUGGAGCUUCUUUUGCAUCCCAGUGUACUUCAUGCACAUGUACCGGAGGCCAGUGGGCCUGUGUCAGCCUUUCAUGCCCUGGAAUAUGCUCUAUUGAAGGAGGGUCCCACAUUUCAACAUUUGAUGAGAAACAAUAUUCCUUCUUUGGUGACUGUAGCUAUGUCUUUACUAAGUUAUGUGACAGCAAUGCCUUCACUGUUUUGGUUGAAAUCAGAAAGUGUGGCCUCACAGACACUGAGACAUGCUUGAAAGGUGUAGCCAUCAGCAUCGAUGGAGGUCAGACAGUAAUUGUGAUCAAGCCUUCUGGGGUUGUGUACGUGAAUAUGAUCCUCACCCAGCUGCCUGUCUCAGCUUCCAAUGUCACCAUCUUCAGGCCAUCAUCAUUCUUCAUCAUGUUACACACAAAUUUUGGCAUCCAGUUAGAAGUCCAACUUGUACCUAUCAUGCAAAUCUUUGCACGUUUAGACCCAACUCACAAAGAAAAGACAUGUGGUCUCUGUGGAAACUUCAACGAUAUCCAGACUGAUGACUUCAAAGCUAUCAGUGGGGUGGUAGAAGGAACCUCAGCAGCUUUUGCCAAUACCUGGAAAACACAGGCUGAUUGCCCAAAUGUCAAAAACAUAUUUGAGAACCCAUGUAUCCUCAGCAUAGAAAAUGAAAAAUAUGCUCAGCACUGGUGUGGACUGCUGACAGACAGCAAUGGACCUUUUCAGAAGUGUCACGCCAUUGUAAAUCCAGCUGCUUACCACACGAACUGCAUGUUUGACACCUGCAACUGUGAGAGAAGCGAGGACUGCAUGUGUGCUGCCCUCUCCUCCUAUGUCAGGGCUUGUGCUGCCAAAGGAGUUCUUCUGAGUGGAUGGAGGACCAACAUUUGCACCAAAUACCAAGUAUGUCCCAAAACCCUGGCAUACCGCUAUAACAUUGAUUCAUGCCAAUCCACCUGCCGAUCUCUGAGUGAGCCUGAUGUCACCUGCAAUAUUAAGUUUACCCCAGUGGAUGGAUGCACCUGUGAAGAAGGGACAUACAUGGAUGAGAGUGGCAAAUGUAUACCUGCUACUAGCUGUCCUUGUUACUAUAAAGGGUCUCCCCUACCAUCUGGAGAUGUAAUUCAUGAAAAUGGCGUCAUUUGCUCUUGCACACAAGGGAAGCUUCAGUGCAUUGGAGAGGUGAAGCCACAACCAGUGUGUGAUGCUCCCAUGAUCCAUUUCGACUGCCGCAAUGCCACACCAGGUGUCGCUGGAGCUGCGUGUCAGAAGAGCUGUCAGACUCUUGACAUGGAAUGUGUAAGGUAUAGCACACAAUGUGUUUCUGGCUGCAUGUGCCCCAAUGAUCUGGUUUCAGAUGGCAAAGGUGGAUGUGUAGCUGCUGAAGAAUGUCCUUGUAUUCACAAUGAAGCCACAUAUAAAGCAGGGGAUACCAUCAAGGUGAAAUGUAACACUUGUACAUGUAAGAACAGAAUGUGGGAAUGCACCAACGAACCAUGCCUGGCAACAUGCUCAGUUUAUGGUGAUGGCCAUUACAUCUCCUUUGAUGGCAAACGCUACAGCUUCAGUGGAGAUUGUGAAUACACAUUGGUCCAGGAUCAUUGUGGCAAAAACAGUACAAAGGCAGGAACUUUCAGAGUCAUCACUGAAAACAUCCCCUGUGGGACUACUGGGACUACCUGCUCAAAGGCCAUUAAAGUGUUUAUGGGAAAUUAUGAGCUAAUACUCACAGAUGGCAAAUUUGAUGUGAUACAAAGAUCUCCAGGUGGUGAAGUGCCAUACAAAGUUCGAUACAUGGGCAUCUACAUGGUAGUUGACACAACAGCUGGUCUAGUCCUGAUGUGGGACAAAAAAACCAGCAUCUUUAUCAAACUUAGUUCAGAAUUUAAGGGACAGGUAUGUGGACUUUGUGGAAACUAUGAUGGAAAUGACAUUAAUGAUUUCACCACCAGAAGCCAAUCUGUUGUAGGAGAUGUGCUUGAGUUUGGUAACAGCUGGAAAGCAUCUCCCACCUGCCCAGAUGCCAAAAAGAAUAGGGAUCCUUGUACUGCAAACCCAUACAGGAAUUCUUGGGCCCAGAAACAAUGCAGCAUCAUUACCAGCCAAGUGUUUGCUUCCUGUCACUCUCAGGUUGAGCCAACAAAAUACUAUGACACGUGUGUGUCUGAUGCCUGUGCUUGUGACACUGGGGGAGAUUGUGAAUGUUUCUGUACAGCUGUAGCUGCCUAUGCUCAGGCAUGCAACGAAGCUGGUGUUUGCAUUGCUUGGAGAACACCAUCCAUCUGCCCUCUGUUCUGUGAUUACUACAAUCCGCAAGGGGAGUGUGAGUGGCACUACAGACCUUGUGGAUCUCCUUGUAUGAAGACCUGCAGAAAUCCAAGUGGAAAAUGCCUACAUGAGUUACAGGGCUUGGAAGGCUGCUAUCCCCAGUGUCCAAACAAUAUGCCUUAUUUUGAUGAAGAUGACAUGGAGUGUGUCGAGACUUGUGGUUGUUUUGAUGACAGAGGAAAAUACUAUAAGCCAGGAGCAAAAAUGCCGUCUGAAGAGAACUGUCAAUCAUGUACAUGCGGAAUUAAUGAUCAAAAGAAGUGUGUCUACACUGAAGAUGAAUGCUACUGCAUCUAUGAAGGGCAGAAAAGCAAGCCUGGGGAAAUCAUCUACACGACGACAGAUGGCAUUGGAGGGUGCAUCACUGCAAUCUGCAGUCACAAUGGAACAAUAGAGAGGAACAUCUUCCCAUGCCCAGCUUCCACAACUGUUUCCACUACCUUUGUAUUCACUACCACUUCACCAGCACCUACUACACCAGUGCCUACAGCUACUUCGGUUUGUGUUCAAGAAAUAUGCCAUUGGUCACAGUGGUAUGAUGUAACUAACCCAGAUUCUGGAAGUGGUGAUGGAGAUUUUGACACUUUUGAUAAUUUAAAAGCAGAAGGUUAUAAAGUCUGCAAAACUCCAAAGGCUGUUGAAUGCAGAGCGGAGAAAUUCCCCAAUACUCCAUUAAGUGAACUGGGCCAAAAAGUUGAAUGCAGUAAGACAGUGGGACUAAUAUGUUACAAUACAGACCAGCAUUCAAUGAGCUGCAACAAUUAUCAAAUCAAAAUCCUUUGUUGUAGUUUUGUACCAUGUGGUUACACUACUGCAUCUACACCCAAAAUUACUACAGGCACCAUAGCUCCUACAACAAUAAUAUCAACUACCACAUUAUCUACUACACUUACUUCCACUACAACAGUUCCGGAAACAACUAGCAUCUCUGUGACAACACCAGAAACUACUUCUACAUCUACUGAGACCACUGUUAGACCUACCACAGAAAUUGUUUCUCCUACAACAGAAGUUACAACUCAAAUUACUUGCAAACCCAAAUGCAGAUGGACUGAAUGGUUUGAUAUACAUUUUCCCAGUUUGGACAAUAAAGGGGAUUUUGAAACAUAUGAUCUCAUUAAGUCUGCAGGAAAAGAUAUCUGUAAAAGACCUGAACGUAUAACUUGCAGAGCAGAGAAAUUCCCAGAGAAAUCAAUAGAUGAAAUUGGUCAAAUUGUCCAGUGCAAUGUAUCAUUUGGAUUUGUCUGCAGAAAUGAAGAUCAAUCAGGAGUGUUGAAAAUGUGUUUUAACUAUCAAAUAAAGGUCUAUUGCUGUGAAAAUGAAUGUGUGACCACUACACCAGAAACAACAUCUACAUCAACAGUUUCUCAGACUACAACACAAGUAACAAGUAUUCCAACAACAACAACAGGUACAGAAACUACAAGUCUUUUAACUACAGUUCCUUCAACAACUGAACACUGCAGUGAGGAAGUCUGUGAAUGGUCACAAUGGUAUGAUAUCAGUUAUCCAGGAUCUGCACCUGAUGAUGGUGAUUUUGAUACAUUUAAAAACAUAAGGGCCAAAGGAUAUAAAGUCUGUAAGACACCAAAGGCUGUUGAAUGCAGAGCAGAAAGAUACCCUAAUACACCUUUAAAUGAAUUAGAGCAAAAAGUUACAUGCAGUAAAACAGAAGGACUCAUAUGUGUUAAUAAGGACCAGUUUCCAGCGCCAAUUUGCUACAACUAUGAGAUAAGGAUUGAAUGCUGCAAAAAAGUUAUUAUACCAUGUCCAACAACUGCGCACCCUACAACUACAAAGCCUGUGACUACACCUGCCACAACAGCACCAACUACGCUUCCAGAAACUACAACAGUUACACUGACAACACCAACAACAACUAAAGUUCCAGAAACUACCACAGCAGUACCAGAAACUACUGUUACAACCACUACCACAACAUCCGCUACAACAGUUCCAGAAACUACUCCAACAGCUCCAACAACUAUAGUUCCAGAAACUAAUACAACAGUGACAACCACAACAAUACCAACGACUACCAUUCCAGAAACUACUACAACAGUAACGACCACAACAAUACCCACUACAACAGUUCCAGAAACUACCACGACAACUCCAACUACAGUUCCAGAAACUACAACAGUUACAACCACAACAGUACCGGAAACUACCACAACUCCAACAACUACAGUUCCAGAAACAACCACAACUACUACAACACGAACUACUACACUUCCAGAAACUACCACAACAAUAACAACCAAAAUACAAACAACAACCACUCCAGAAACUACCACAACCAUGGUUCCAGAAAUCACCACAACAGUACCAGUAACAACCACAAGAGCAAAAACAAUCAUUACAGAAAUAGGGACAACUACAUCCACUCAAAAACCAUCUACACAGCCACAACAAAAACCCACUACUGAGCCAACUACCACAGUCACCACCACAACCACAACUACCACUGUACCUGUAACAACAACCCCAACACCCAAAACUACUACCACAGAGCCGACCACUACUACCACUCAACCUACAACCACAGAAACCUCACCAGUCACAACCACUACUGUUCCAACUACCACCAUUCGCAAAGAAAUCACCACAACACAACCCAUUACUACCCCCUUGCCUACAACAAGCACAUCUCCUGGAACAACUUGUGGACCUGCUGUAUGCACGUGGUCCAAGUGGUUUGAUGUAGAUUUCCCCACUUCUGGACUUAAGGGAGGAGACAUUGAAACAUACAAUAAUAUCCGGGCUGCAGGAGGCAAGAUCUGUGGAAAGCCAAAAAAUAUCCAGUGUAGGGCUGAAAAUCACCCUGACAUAAGCAUUGACCAGCUUGGCCAGAACGUAGAUUGUGAUGUCAAUAAAGGACUGGUGUGCAAGAAUGAGAAUCAAGUGGGGAAGUACAAGCAGUGUUUCAAUUAUGAGAUACGGGUAUUAUGCUGUGAGGAGAACCUUAACUGCAAGACUACAACUGUACAAACAACCACCACUACUGAACCAACUACCACAGUUACUGAACCAACUACCACAGUCACCACCACAACCACAACUACCACUGUACCUGUAACAACAACCACAACACCCCAAACUACUACCACAGAGCCGACCACUACUACCACUCGACCUACAACCACAGAAACCUCAACAGUCACAACCACUACUGUUCCAACUACCACCGUACCUGUAACAACAACCACAACACCCCAAACUACUACCACAGAGCCGAUCACUACUACCACUCAACCUACAACCACAGAAACCUCACCAGUCACAACCACCACUAUUCCAACUACCACCAUUCGCAAAGAAAUCACUACAACACCAGCCACUACUACCCCCUUGCCUACAACAACCACAUCUCCUGGAACAACUUGUGGACCUGCCGUAUGCACGUGGUCCAAGUGGUUUGAUGUAGAUUUCCCCACUUCUGGACUUAAGGGAGGAGACAUUGAAACAUACAAUAAUAUCCGGGCUGCAGGAGGCAAGAUCUGUGCAAAGCCAGAAAAUAUCCAGUGUAGGGCUGAAAAUCACCCUGACAUAAGCAUUGACCAGCUUGGCCAGAAUGUAGAUUGUGAUGUCAAUAAAGGACUGGUGUGCAAGAAUGAGAAUCAAGUGGGGAAGUACAAGCAGUGUUUCAAUUAUGAGAUACGGGUAUUAUGCUGUGAGGAAAACCUUAACUGCAAGACUACAACCGUAGAAACAACCACCACUACUGAACCAACUACCACAGUCACCACUACAACCACAACUACCACCGUACCUGUAACAACAACCACAACACCCCAAACUACUACCACAGAGCCGACCACUACUACCACUCGACCUACAACCACAGAAACCUCACCAGUCACAACCACUACUGUUCCAACUACCACCGUACCUGUAACAACAACCACAACACCCCAAACUACUACCACAGAGCCGAUCACUACUACCACUCAACCUACAACCACAGAAACCUCACCAGUCACAACCACCACUAUUCCAACUACCACCAUUCGCAAAGAAAUCACUACAACACCAGCCACUACUACCCCCUUGCCUACAACAACCACAUCUCCUGGAACAACUUGUGGACCUGCCGUAUGCACGUGGUCCAAGUGGUUUGAUGUAGAUUUCCCCACUUCUGGACUUAAGGGAGGAGACAUUGAAACAUACAAUAAUAUCCGGGCUGCAGGAGGCAAGAUCUGUGCAAAGCCAGAAAAUAUCCAGUGUAGGGCUGAAAAUCACCCUGACAUAAGCAUUGACCAGCUUGGCCAGAAUGUAGAUUGUGAUGUCAAUAAAGGACUGGUGUGCAAGAAUGAGAAUCAAGUGGGGAAGUACAAGCAGUGUUUCAAUUAUGAGAUACGGGUAUUAUGCUGUGAGGAAAACCUUAACUGCAAGACUACAACCGUAGAAACAACCACCACUACUGAACCAACUACCACAGUCACCACUACAACCACAACUACCACCGUACCUGUAACAACAACCACAACACCCCAAACUACUACCACAGAGCCGACCACUACUACCACUCGACCUACAACCACAGAAACCUCACCAGUCACAACCAUCACAACCACAACUACCACCAUACCUGUAACAACAACCACAACACCCCAAACUACUACCACAGAGCCAACCACUACUACCACUAGACCUACAACCACAGAAACCUCACCAGUCACAACCACUACUGUUCCAACUACCACCAUUCGCAAAGAAAUCACCACAACACCAUCUACUACUACCCCCGUGCCUACAACAACCACAUCUCCUGGAACAACUUGUGGACCUGCUGUAUGCACGUGGUCCAAGUGGUUUGAUGUAGAUUUCCCCACUUCUGGACUUAAGGGAGGAGACAUUGAAACAUACAAUAAUAUCCGGGCUGCAGGAGGCAAGAUCUGUGGAAAGCCAAAAAAUAUCCAAUGUAGGGCUGAAAAUCACCCUGACAUAAGCAUUGACCAGCUUGGCCAGAACGUAGAUUGUGAUGUCAAUAAAGGACUGGUGUGCAAGAAUGAGAAUCAAGUGGGGAAGUACAAGCAGUGUUUCAAUUAUGAGAUACGGGUAUUAUGCUGUGAGGAGAACCUUAACUGCAAGACUACAACUGUACAAACAACCACCACUACUGAACCAACUACCACAGUUACUGAACCAACUACCACAGUCACCACCACAACCACAACUACCACUGUACCUGUAACAACAACCACAACACCCCAAACUACUACCACAGAGCCGACCACUACUACCACUCAACCUACAACCACAGAAACCUCACCAGUCACAACCAGUACUGUUCCAACUACCACCGUACCUGAAACAACAACCACAACACCCCAAACUACUACAACAGAGCCGACCACUACUACCACUAGACCUACAACCACAGAAACCUCACCAGUCACAACCACUACUGUUCCAACUACCACCAUUCGCAAAGAAAUCACCACAACACCAUCUACUACUUCCCCCUUGCCUACAACAACCACAUCUCCUGGAACAACUUGUGGACCUGCUGUAUGCACGUGGUCCAAGUGGUUUGAUGUAGAUUUCCCCACUUCUGGACUUAAGGGAGGAGACAUUGAAACAUACAAUAAUAUCCGGGCUGCAGGAAACAAGAUCUGUGGAAAGCCAAAAAAUAUCCAGUGUAGGGCUGAAAAUCACCCUGACAUAAGCAUUGACCAGCUUGGCCAGAACGUAGAUUGUGAUGUCAAUAAAGGACUGGUGUGCAAGAAUGAGAAUCAAGUGGGGAAGUACAAGCAGUGUUUCAAUUAUGAGAUACGGGUAUUAUGCUGUGAGGAGAACCUUAACUGCAAGACUACAACUGUACAAACAACAACCACUACUGAACCAACUACCACAGUUACUGAACCAAUUACUACAGUCACCACCACAACCACAACUACCACCGUACCUGUAACAACAACCACAACACCCCAAACUACUACCACAGAGCCGACCACUACUACCACUCAACCUACAACCACAGAAACCUCACCAGUCACAACCACUACUGUUCCAACUACCACCGUACCUGUAACAACAACCACAACACCCCAAACUACUACCACAGAGCCGACCACUACUACCACUCAACCUACAACCACAGAAACCUCACCAGUCACAACCACCACUGUUCCAACUACCACCAUUCGCAAAGAAAUCACAACACCACCCACUACUACCCCCGUGCCUACAACAACCACAUCUCCUGGAACAACUUGUGGACCUGCCGUAUGCACGUGGUCCAAGUGGUUUGAUGUAGACUUCCCCACGUCUGGACUUAAGGGAGGAGACAUUGAAACAUACAAUAAUAUCCGGGCUGCAGGAGGCAAGAUCUGUGCAAAGCCAGAAAAUAUCCAGUGUAGGGCUGAAAAUCACCCUGACAUAAGCAUUGACCAGCUUGGCCAGAACGUAGACUGUGAUGUCAAUAAAGGACUGGUGUGCAAGAAUGAGAAUCAAGUGGGGAAGUACAAGCAGUGUUUCAAUUAUGAGAUACGGGUAUUAUGCUGUGAGGAAAACCUUAACUGCAAGACUACAACUGUACAAACAACAACCACGACUACUGAACCAACUACCACAGUUACUGAACCAAUUACUACAGUCACCACCACAACCACAACUACCACCGUACCUGUAACAACAACCACAACACCCAAAACUACUACCACAGAGCCGACCACUACUACCACUCAACCUACAACCACAGAAACCUCACCAGUCACAACCACCACUGCUCCAACUACCACCAUUCGCAAAGAAAUCACCACAACCCCACCCACUACUACCCCCGUGCCUACAACAACCACAUCUCCUGGAACAACUUGUGGACCUGCCAUAUGCACAUGGUCCAAGUGGUUUGAUGUAGACUUCCCCACUUCUGGACUUAAGGGUGGAGACAUUGAAACAUACAAUAAUAUCCGGGCUGCAGGAGGCAAGAUCUGUGCAAAGCCAGAAAAUAUCCAGUGUAGGGCUGAAAAUCACCCUGACAUAAGCAUUGACCAGCUUGGCCAGAAUGUAGAUUGUGAUGUCAAUAAAGGACUGGUGUGCAAGAAUGAGAAUCAAGUGGGGAAGUACAAGCAGUGUUUCAAUUAUGAGAUACGGGUAUUAUGCUGUGAGGAAAACCUUAACUGCAAGACUACAACCGUAGAAACAACCAUCACUACUGAACCAACUACCACAGUCACCACCACAACCACAACUACCACCGUACCUGUAACAUCAACCGUAACGCUCCAAACCACAAUAAGUGUUCCUUCUUUUCCUACAACACCACCAGUGUCCCCAUGUUUCUGCAAAAUUGGAGAGAGUGUUUAUCUACCUGGUGAUACGAUUUAUAAUAAAACAGACCACGAUGGCUGCCUUUUCUAUGCCAUUUGUAGUGAAACAUGUUCUGUUGAAAGAUUCAAAGGGUCCUGCAAAUCAACAACACCCAAACCAACCACAACAGUUGAAACCACACCAGCCAUCACCAGCACAGCCCCAGCCACCACCAGCAAACCAGCAACUCUUGUACCUGGUUGUCCUGAUGCUGUGCCACCCAGGAAGGCGGGUGAGACAUGGAUAUCAAAUUGUACCAAGUCAACUUGUGAAGGAAAUAACAAAAUUGUUAUAAAUCAAGUGAAAUGCCCCCCUGUGCGGAAUAUUGUCUGUGAAAAUGGGUACCCACCAGUAAAAGUCUUCAGUGACGAUGGCUGCUGUUAUGAUUAUGAAUGUGAAUGUGUUUGCAGUGGCUGGGGUGACCCUCACUAUAUCACAUUUGAUGGAACUUAUUACACCUUCCUGGACAACUGCACAUAUGUGUUGGUGCAGCAGAUUACACCAAAAUACGACAAUUUCAGGAUUCUCAUUGAUAAUUACUUCUGUGAAUCGGAAGAUGGACUUUCUUGUCCUCAGUCUAUUAUUAUUUUCUACAAAUCUGCAAAAAUAGAGCUAACCCGUGAACGCUUCAAUGGAGCAGAGGCCAACAAGAUCUACUUCAACAACCAGAUUGUCAGCCCAGGUUUCCAGAAAGAUGGCAUUUCUGUCUCCACGCUGGGUGUCAAUAUGAUGGUUCAGAUACCAGAGGUUGAGGCUACCAUCACCUUCAGUGGUUUAAUCUUCUCUAUAGCGCUUCCAUAUAGCAAAUUUGGCAACAAUACUGAAGGACAGUGUGGCACAUGCACAAAUAACAGAAAAGAUGAUUGCCGCUUACCCAGUGGUGUGAUAACCGAUUGUCCUCGCAUGGCUCCUGCUUGGAGAGUUCCCGAUGACAAGAAACAGUACUGCUUGGAACCAAAACCAACAGUUGCAACCACACCAACUCCACCACCAACUUGUAAACCAAGCCCUCUUUGCCAGAUGAUUUGGAGCGACAUCUUCUCUAAGUGCCAUGAUGUGAUACCUCCAACACCUUUCUACCAAGGUUGUAACUUUGAUGCUUGCUAUAUGGGCAAUACUUCUAUGCAGUGUUCUGGGCUGGAGAUAUAUGCUUCUCUUUGUGCCUCUAAAGGCAUCUGUAUUGACUGGAGAACAAAGACCAAUGGUUCCUGCCCAUUUGCCUGUCCUAAAGGAAAAGUAUAUGAACCAUGUGGCCAACUCAACCCUCCAACCUGUGACACAAAAGCUGUUCAGCAUACUGGUGAAGGUAUAACUGAAGGUUGCUACUGCCCUCCAGGAACCAAGCUCUUUAACACCUACAGCGAUGUCUGUGUUCGUGAAUGCUCUUGUGUGGGACCAGAUGGGAUGCCCAAAGCACCUGGCUCAGUUUGGAACAGCAACUGCCAGGAGUGCACUUGUGAGAAAUAUUCCCUAACAGUGCAGUGUAAACCAAAGACAUGUGCAACACCUGCCCCAGUGCCCUGUAUUGAUGAAGGCUAUGUGCCUGUUUCAGUAACAACACUAGAAGAUCCAUGCUGCCCUCAUAAAAAAUGCAUAUGCAAUACUACUUACUGCCCCAAAUCCAUUGAUAGAUGUCCACUAGGUUAUGAAUUAAAACAAGAAAAACUGCCAGGAGACUGCUGCAUGAAUGCCACUUGUGAGAAAAUUCCAGGGUGUGUUGUCAGCAAUGUGUUCUAUCAACCUGGAGCAGUUGUCCCAAGGGAUCCCUGUGAACUAUGCAAAUGCUCUCUGGAAGAAGAGAUACACAGCAAUACAUACACAGUGGAAUGUAUAUCAAAAGCAUGCAACACAAGUUGUCCAGAUGGAUAUGCUUACAAGGAAAAAGCUGGACAAUGCUGUGGUGAAUGCACCCCAGUAGCUUGUAUUCUGAAGGAAGAAUCCACCCAUGUCAUUAUUCAGCCUGGAAAGAGCUGGCAUAGUCCUGAAAACAACUGUACCUCCUAUGAAUGUGAAGUCAUUGAUGGCACAUUUGUUCUUGUGCCUGUCAAGAGAACCUGUCCUGCCUUAACUCCUGACUGUCUACCUGAGGAUGUGAAACUGUCUGAGGAUGGCUGCUGCAAAGUCUGUAUUCAUAAAGAGCAACGAAAUUGCAUACCCCACACUACUCCGAAAAUAAUUAGACACAAUGGCUGUGAAGCUUCUUCACCUAUUCAGUUAACAUACUGCGAAGGCAACUGUAGUACUUCCUCAAAAUAUUCCUCAGAGACUAACGUAAUGGAACACACAUGCAAGUGCUGUCAAGAAGUCAAGACCAGCAAGCAGCAUGUAGCCCUGAGAUGCCCUGAUGGCUCCAUUGUGGAUUACUCUUACAUCCAAGUGGAGGAGUGUGAUUGUCUGAGUAGCCAGUGUUCUCCCCAGCCCAUCCCCACACAGUCACAGCAGCAGCAGCAGCAACAGGAAGAGCAGCAACAACAGGAAGAGCAGCAACAACAGGAAGAGCAGCAACAAGGACAGAUCCAGAAAUAA